AUGACUUAUAUCAUUAAUAUUCCUGCACCAACUACAGCAUUUGAUCCAAACUCGACGGUUUGCAGUGUACCUUUCAUAAAGUCGCAAACGGACUCUUUGAGUCCUGAAGGUCUUUCAGACCGAAGCGACCAGGGCGAAGCCCAUGACAGUUCAUUAAUUGUUUUAAGGGAUUCAACAGUUAAUGAAUCAUUAAAGGCGUCAUUAAUGAAAAUCAUUGAUUUUAAUUCAUUCACGAAUACAUAUAAUUCAUUCAUUAAUGUUUCAUAUGCUUCUAAAGAAGGUGAGCCAAAAACUAUCGAUAAAGCGGUGUAUGAAAUAAAAGCAUCAACGACGAAAUUGAAUUCGUUAACUUUUGACGGUGAUAGUUUCGUUAAUGACAUAACAUCGGGGAAAACAAUUUUAACGAAAGAAUAUUUAAAAUCUCAUGUUAGUGAGUUCGUUGAAAUUGAAAAAGAAGGUGGAAUUAAGUUCGAUCCACUGAAUUUCAUUUUCAGCUUAGCGAAUGCGGGUGUUAGUUUCGCUGAAUGGACAACUAUACAGAGUGAAAUAAAUGCAAUAUGGACGUUUUUGGGGUCAAAAGCGGGAAUGGGUGAGCUUGUAAAUGCUGCAAGAACAUUAGGUGAAACAGGAAAUUUUGUAGAUGGUUUUAAAAGACUUGUUUCAAAUGUUUUAACAAACACAAAGAAAUUAUUUAGAUAUACCAUACAUAACGGACGGAUUUUCGAACAGGUAGCAACAAACCCUCCGGUUAUGGCUGCGUUGAUGAUGGUUAGAGAUAUAAAACCACGUAACGACGGGAACGAAGAACAUGAACAACAGAGCCCAACGGGCUCAGAGCCACAUAGUGGCGAGGAUACUGGUCGGGUUAUUCAAGACAUUAAAAACGUGUAUCCUGAA